GGGAAAUUUUGACUGACAGUGAAUUUGUCCUCUGAUAUUCGCUGUGAUCUUAUAGUCUCACUUCAUUGGCCGAGUGGGCGGGAGCUCGUGGUGCUCUGAUCCGAGGGGCUCUGGUAUUUUUUGGGCACUAGCAUAAAAAAAUUCUUCAGACCAGAUCAGCUGUAAAUGGGCUUCGAUACUUUUGUCAACAGGAUUCAAAAACACAGACUAGAAAAAUCACUUCAGCUGACGAAACAAUCACUUGCAUUGCUGUCGUAACUGGAAGAACAAACUUCUCACAGAGCUAUGCAGCAUUACGGAGUGAACGGCUAUUCCCUGCACGCCAUGAAUUCUCUGAGCGCAAUGUACAACCUGCAUCAACAGGCCGCCCAGCACGCGCAGCACGCGCCCGACUACCGACCCUCAGUGCACGCGCUUACGCUGGCUGAGAGACUUGCAGACAUCAUCCUGGAGGCGAGGUAUGGCUCUCAGCACAGGAAACAGCGUCGCAGUCGCACCGCCUUCACCGCCCAGCAGCUCGAAGCGUUGGAGAAAACCUUCCAGAAAACUCACUACCCUGAUGUUGUCAUGCGUGAACGCCUGGCCAUGUGCACCAACUUACCUGAAGCUCGGGUCCAGGUGUGGUUUAAAAACCGACGUGCAAAGUUUCGCAAGAAGCAACGUAGCUUGCAAAAAGAGCAACUUCAACGGUUGAAGGAUGCUGGGGAGGAAGAUGCUCUUGAUGAAGAAAAAGAAGAAACUCCACCCACUGAAUCUCAAGCCCCGCCCUCCCCUCCAGAUGGAGGCGUUCCCACACAUCCUCCUCCAUGUGAGCUGAAUGAAGAAGUGAAUGUCACUUCACCAGAACAGUCGGGGGCGGAGUCAGGAGCUGAGGACUUUACUGACAGAGAAGAUGAAUCUUUGUCCUUUCACAAUGAAAUAAAAGAGGAGGGGCCACCUGUGAUGACAGACAGCUCACCCUCCUGCAAACCAGUUAGCCCUAAAUCAGACACUUCGCUCGGCUCUUCAGCUCUCCCGUCAUCCAGUGGUGUCGGAGUCGGGACGGCUCAAUCCAAUUCAUACGCGUCGUCUCCUCUCAGCCUGUUUCGUCUGCAGGAACAGUUUCGCCAACACAUGGCCGCCACCAACAAUCUCAUGCACUAUCCCGCCUUCGACAUGACCACGCCCUCCACCUUGCCCUACCUGAACAUGGCGUCUCCGCUGGGAUCGCUCCCCUGUCAGUCCUACUAUCAGUCCCUGUCUCAAGCCCAGCAGAUGUGGAGCAGCCCACUGCUGCCUGCCCUCAACAGCAAAACCACAAGCAUUGAAAAUCUGCGACUGAGAGCCAAGCAGCACGCUGCAUCACUUGGGUUGGACACGCUACCGAACUGACCACAGACCUGUGCAGAUUCUGAUUGUGUCCGGGAUAUACACCACAUGGAUAUCAGAGCUGGAUUUCAUUAUUAAAUACUGUAGCAUGACCACAAGUUUGGGUUCUGACUAAAAACAUUAGAGGACAUUGCUGGUCUGACUGCAUGGCAGACCAUGUAAAAAAACCUGGCUUUGCACUUUGAAACAUGAAAAAAGAGCACGAGAGUGUCUGUAGUUCAUUUCUUUGUAAAUAAUCUCAUUCAGGUCCACAGCUUCAUUACGUAGGCUAAAGCCAUAAGUUUGUCUAUUGAAAAGAUGUUGAAAUGGGAAGAGAAGCACAUUGAUGCCGAAGACUACAGAUUUGACUCAGAAAGGCUUUAACUGGACCGAAUCAUGCCAUGUGUUGUGAGAGUCUAUGGGAUCUCAGAUUUGUUUGAAAAAGAAAAUGUGAAUAAUUUAUCUGUUAAUUAAGGGAAUAAACCACAUAUAUGAAGUGUAAGAGUAUCCGUAGAAGUCUUUAAAGCUUUCUUAUCAAUCCUUAAGUUUUUAUUUAUUAGUGUCGUUGUUCUGAUGAACACAAAGGAAGAUAUUUUAAUGCUGCAUUCACACCAGCCGCGGUAGAGGCAUCAAGCGCGAGUGAUUUCAAUGUUGAAGGCGGAGUCCACGAUGUUUGAAAAACGCUUUGGAAAAGGAGACGGACCGACUACCAAAACACACUUGUAGCCAAUCAGCAGUAAGGAGCGUGUCUACUAACCGACAUCCUUGCCGGGUUGUGUAUGUGUGGGGCGGGUCUAUCAACAGAAGGUCCAGAUUCUAUUGGGGUAGGGGCGUGUUUGUUUAGGUGAUUUCAAAUAUCAACAUUGGCUUUCAAACAUCGUGGACUCCGCCUUUAAGUCAAUGUAAAGACGCAUUGACACGCGUCU